CAUACCAAUGCGAAAAACAUAAAUACUCCAACCAUCUUUUCACGGCUAGAGAAUACCAACGCACACAUCACCGCUUCACUCGUUAAUCAUGUUGUUCACUCCACUCAUUCUUCUCCUUCCCACCGUUAGCCACGCCUCUUGGCUUCCUAUCAGGAGAGGACAGCCCUCAAACCCUGAAGACUGUACUGUGACAAGCACUCUUUCUCCUAUCACUGUGACCAGUCUCCAUCCCACCUCCACCAUUGGACCCUAUGGCUCUGGCUCUGGCUCUGGCUCUGGCUCUGGCUCUGGCUCUGGCUCUGGCUCUGGCUCUGGCUCUGGCUCCGGUGGCUCCAAUGGUUCUGGUGGUUCUGGUGGUUCUGGUCAUGGUCAGGUGACAGGCGGUGGCUCACUCAUCUACACCACUGCCCUUCCAACCCUUGGCCCCAAUGGUCCCGGUGUACAUACUUAUACCAUCACCGCCCCCUGCGCCUCGUCUCACUGCCAGAGACCUGCCUCCACCGAGUGUCCUCCUGGUUUCACCACCACAGCCGUUAUCUGUCACGUCUGGGGCGAGCACCCGGUCACCACUACUUUGACUCUGCCUAUCGAGUCAGCCACAGCUGCUCAGGGGUCUCAUGGUGGGGCCGCCAAGGCUGGUUCUACUCUGACUGCGGUUGUCACGGCCGUUAGUCACAAAACCGUCGCACCAGUCUCUCCUUCUGAGAACGUGUACCCGUGGAUUUCUCGCGGUAGCCCUGAAUUGCCCGACACCCAGAAACCCUCUCAGGUCUCUGGUGGUUCAGAUUCCAAGCAUGAUGGUGCUGGAAAAGGCGACGAAAUACCCGAUGGCCCUAAGAACACUGGUUCUCCCGAGUCGCCCGCUGGUGCGGACACUAGUUCUCACACUGCCACUGUGGAUGCACCUAACGGAGCCUCUACUGCAGCGGGUAAUGAAGCCGGGCACGGAGACGGAGAUGAAGCGGGAUCGGAAUCGGCAUCUCCUUCUGAUGACGCUAGUCCAUCAGCCGUCGUCGUUACUGGCCAUGCACCCGAGACUAAGGUGGCCAGGUCUGUUGUCCUCAAGGCUGUCCUCUUCGCUACCAUGGUCUUGUAUAAUCUUUAUGUUUAG